AUGUCGAUCACCCACCGCCCCCGCUGGGACCUACCCGUCGAUCCAUCGCUUUAUGCGCCAGAUGAGGAAGAGAAGGCAUUCAUGAAGACGACUACGGGCAUCCAGGACGACGAGGAACUGAAAACGCACAUCUUCGCCAUACAGGCCAAGGCACUCACAGUUUACAAGUACCCAUGCAUCCGCCAAUUUGACUUCAUGAGGCUCAGAAUAGCGCGUAUGCCUGCAUAUCAACAAUAUCUGGAGCUGGGAAGGCAGCGGAAGGACGCGAUCUUCUUGGAUGUUGGAUGUGGCUUUGGCAACGACACCCGUAAAGCGGUCCUCGACGGAUGGCCGAUCGAGGGAGUCAUUGCGGCAGACCUGAGUCCACAAAUGUGGAAUGUCGGACACGAGCUGUUCCGUUCCACACCCGACACGUUCCCAGUCCCAUUCGUCCAGGGCGACAUCCUCGACCCUGCAUACCUAGCUGUAGCCCCAAUCCUCCCUACCUCUUCUACGCCUAUCUUAGAUCCUCUCCCUCCUCUGAGCGAAGUGAAGACGCUCAACGAGCUUCACGGCAAAAUCUCCGCAAUAUUCGCCAGCGCGUUCUUCCACCUCUUCAAGUUCGAAGGCCAAGAGCAGGUCGCGCGCAAACUCGCCGGGCUCCUGUCUCCCCUUCCCGGAUCCCUCAUCUUCGGCACGCAGACGGGCUUCGCCGAGAAAGGGGGUUGGGGCGUGGACGGGUCCAGGGCGGACUAUCAUUCGGACGAGAGCUGGAAGGAGCUGUGGGAGAACCUCUUCGUUGAGGCGGGCGUUGAGGUCGAGGUGAAGGCGAGGUUGCAGCAGCACCGGGGUGGGCUGAAUGGCUAUGGACUUUACCCCGAGAACACGAGGGAGCGCUUCUACCUGGAUUGGUCAGUAACGCGUGUCUGA